AUGCAGUACCAGAACGACCGCAGCUACUACGCCCCCCAGCAAGGCUUCCCCGGACAGCCCUACUUCCAGCAGUUCCCCCCUAGCUAUGUCUACGGCCAACCCACUCCCCCCAUCGCCCAGCCCUUCCCGGCAUAUCCCACCGUGCAGCCGGGCACCCCCGCCCACGGCCGCCCGCGUCCGCUCGACCGAGAAAUCUCGCGGUCGUCCACCCCGGGGCGGAACAAGCAGCCCCUCAAGUCCGCGCUCAAGCGGACGCGCACCCCAGACCACGGCGUCGGCGACGUCCCGCUCUCCCGGCCGAUGUCCAGGGGACGGUCCGCAGAUGGGCACGGCAUGCAUCGCGUGCGGACGCGUUCUGGCUCGCGGAUCCGCGCAUUUGUACCAGAUCAUCUCAUCCUGACGCUGCGGUCGACCAAUGAGCUGUGGCUGGAGAACGUGCACCAGGAAGCUAUGAUCCACGAAUUGCAGGAGGACGUGCUCCAGCACUGGCCCCGAGGCUUCAACAGUGCGGACAGCCGGCGGGGCAAGUGGAAGAUUCAGUUCGCCGGCACACCAUGGGCUGCUGUCGGCCAGGAUGCGCUCUGGGCGGCGAAGAUGAUUCUCCAAUUGUACCGAACUCUUGCAGUCAACGGCUACUCAUAUCUCGCGACAGUCAACGUAGGGAAUCCGUGGAAGCCACCACAGCUCAUCUUUGUGGACUCGACGCCUGACCACGAACCCUCCAUCUUCUUGAUGAUGCUCUCAAGGGCGGGCGAUAGGUUGACUCUGCUGGAGGCCCCGUACUCGCUAAGUGAGCAGCUGGGCAUGGAGCUCCGUGCAACCUUCCCCAAGAAGAUCACCGCCGAUCGUGCAACAGAGGAUGGCCGGCACGUCUUCGAGGUGAAGAGGAGCGGUUAUGGAGUCGAGGUGGACAAGAGCAUGCUCGUCGCGUUCGUCCUCCGCUUCUUCAACGCCGGCGGCUUCAAGCUCGCAGGGAGCGUGCCCAUGGGCACCCGGAGCAUCUUCCACUUCGGCCAGCGCAAGGAAAUCUGGGUCUUCCAGAACGCGUGGUCGCCGACUACGCGCCCGAAGGAGCAGCUCGCCAGGCGGCCGUCGAGCCGCCAGAGCCGCCGCAGCGCGAACGGGCUAUGACCUCUCGCACCCCGCUCUCGGCCUUCGACUCGUCAUGACUUGCACGGACUCUGAUGACCCGCCGUUCACGAUGACUAUGGCGAUGACGAUAGCUCUCGCUCACGUUCUCUCUCUCUCUCUAUGUCUAGACUAGCGCAUACCGGUUGUGCUCUGGGCGCUCAGCUGGUGCUCCUUGCUUCUGUAGUCCUUUUGGUGUAUCGCCCUGCUUUGUGAUGCUGGUCCGUGCUGCGCGCCCGAGUAUGUUUUUCUUUGUAUCGAUCUACCUCAAUGUAUAUCGCUUCAUUGAAUGGAAUGUAUCGACAGUGGUAUAGAUCUGUCAUAACCCCGCUCACGUAGUGGUCAUCCAAAGUUU